AACAAAGAAUACGAUAACAACAACAAAACGAUGAUGUAUGAGGAUGACGAAAGAAUAUAUGAUGAUGAUGAAGAAGAGUCCUAUAAUCACAGUGAAGACGAAGAAGAUGAUGAUCACAGUGAUGAAGAAGAAGAAGAAGAGAUAAAGAAGCAAUUACAAAAUGUACCUUUUGGAAUGCUCAUGGAAAUGAAACAUAAACAGAAGCAACAGAGAGAAGAACAUUCACACCAACUUCAACGUCAAAAGCAGCAACAGCAACAACAACUACUCAAGAAACAGCCAACACAAAUGAAUAAGCAACAACUAAACAAACUCAAGAGAGAUUCCACAAAGCGAGACAACAAAGAUGCACCUGUAGAGGUAACAGCCAAAGUGCCAGUAUCAAGAUAUAAACAGGUGGUUCAGGUUAAGAAGGUUGUUGCCAGGGACCCACGAUUUGAUAACUUGGGAGGACAAUUCAAUGAGAAGUUCUACCGAGAGAAGUAUGGCUUCCUCGAUCAGGUGGUCCAAAAGGAUAUCAGCCAAAUGACAAAACAAUUGAAGUCUACCCAAGAUGAACAUCAAAGAAAGCUUCUAGAGUACGAAAUACAAUCGAGGAAAUCCAGGAUGGCCUCUCAGGCUCUGAAGGACAAGCGCAGGAAGCUCCAGGAGGAGUUGGAGCAGAAGGAGGUCGAGAGUGUCAGACAAGGAAAGAAACCUUUCUAUCUCAAGCCAGCAGCACUCAAAGAGAUCGAGAUCAAAGAGAAGUACAAACAACUCAAGGAAAAGGGUCAGUUGGACAAGUUUAUGGAGAAGAGACGUCAAAGGAUGUCAAGCAAAGACAGAGUGUUCCUCCCAAGAGUCAGGCGAUCGGCGGAAGACCAA